CUUUUCGACCCACACCCAAGCAUGGCCACCAUCGUGAGCGCCGCGAACACGUUUACCAAGGCAUGGAACACAACGACGUCGUCGCUGGAAGGAAUCCUUCUUCAGUUCCCUGGGCGUGUGUUUGUCAACCAAGACCCGGCCCUCAAGGCCACCGUCCGCGUCGUCGCCACGUCCGACUCGCAGGCCGUCCUCGAUCUGCUCGCGUUCAACGUGACCCAGACUCCCGACGACGUCAUCACGGUCGGCUGUAAUCGCCACGUUGUCCUUCCCCAAGCCAACCAAACGUACUUGAACGUGUCGGCAACGUCCGAUUCGGCAGCGUACGCCGCUGGUUCUCUUUUGGUUCGCGUCACGGUGCAACGAGCCGUCUCAUGGAUCAAGUCGACCGCCGACACGGUGUUGGUUUCUGGAACGCUCGUCAACGGCGCCAACAAGCUCGUGUCCAUUGCUGCAUUGGGCGCGGGGAGCAUCACCACGACGGCGAAAUACCCGGUGAAACUCGCGAAUUUGACGCUCUCCACCACGGGUGCCGGCAACGUGCAGUUUGCAGCCACCACGAGCGUGAAUGUCACGAACGGCGUAUCUCUUUCGGUUGCUGGACUUGGGUCGGUGGCGCUCAAGGCCAACAGCGACAUCACCGUGCGCAACUUGCUCACGUCGAUCACCGGUGCUGGCUCGGUCUUUGCGUCGGCCAAUGGGGUGUUGAAGGCCCACGACGUCCGCACGACGGUGGCUGGCAAGGGGAAUGUAAGCUACGCCGCGUCGCAAGGCUCGACCGUGACCAACACGAUUUCGUCGGCGAGCUCGGGCCACAUCUACACUGGGUCCCUUCUUGCUCAAAACGCGACCGUGACGCUGGCGGGGAGUGGAGACAUCGUCGUCCAAGUGAACGAUACGCUCACGGCGACCACGAGUGGCAAAGGCCAAGUCUUGUACUACAACAAGACUGUGAACCCGGCGCACUUGCCCCAACCCAAGGGGUGGUGGGUGUUCACCAGCCCUGGUGCGGCCGCGACCAGCGUCAACCCUGUCGACACGUUGACGUUGUGGCCAGAGCCCGCCAAGGAGCCUGUCAACGUCGUGAUUGAGCUCAACUCGUCGCUGCUCUCGCGAUGCGUCGUGCAAACGUUCAAGUCAGGCGGGCAACUGUCCCUCUCGGCGUCGUCAGCACAGACCCCCGUCGACGCGGCCACGUUUGGCGGUGUGGCGUUUGCCUUGCUGGUGCUGAUCGCGUUUGUGGUCCUGAAGAAGCAAAAGCGCAUUGGCUACGUCGCACUUCCCAAGUAAACACGACGGAAUGAUCAUUACCAAACGCUUCGUGAUAUGCGA